GAAGUAAAAGUAAACGAUGCGUUUUAGAGCGAGGAAAGGAAAGGUCCUUUUCAAUCUCGGCCUCCUUCACCGUGCAUCUGCGCUAGGGCACUGCUAACAGGGACAACAUAGUGAGCAAGAUCACUCAAACAGAAGGGAUUAAUCAAUGGCUACUUUGAAAAGUCUGAAGAUCAAGACAAGCACUUGCAAGCGAUUAGUGAAGGAGUUGCAUUCUUAUGAGAAGGAGGUUGAGAGAGAAGCUGCGAAAACUGCUGACAUGAAGGAAAAGGGAGCUGACCCUCAUGAUCUCAAGCAGCAGGAAAAUGUGUUGGCUGAGUCUAGGAUGAUGAUUCCAGACUGCCGCAAGCGCCUUGAUGCCUCUCUGACAGACUUGAAAACAAUAUUGAAUGAGUUGGAGGACUCUGAUGAGAAGACAGGUCCUGAAAUUGACGAUGCUCGAAACACCGUUGUAGAAGUUGAAAAAGUAUUUGAAACAACAAAAGCUUAAGGGUGAGUUUGAUUAAUGCACUCGAUGAGGAUAUUGUACCUGUGUUACAUGAGCCCUUUCUCCCCUGUUUAGUUAUGUGCUGCCAUGGAACUUCCGAAACUGAAUGAACAUGAAGUUGCUUACUUUUCCAGGCUUGAAAACACGGUAUCAAUUUGUCAAAGCUUUUGCUUCUAAUUUUCUCUAUUUCUAUAUAUGGUAUGCCAUCUAAAAAUCAUUAGGUCAGUAAUUUCGGCAGUAUUGUAUGUUUGCAGAUAAAGGAGUUGUAAAAUUGAAUGAAAUUCUAUCUUCAUUCUGGUAAUAGUUGUAAACCUACUUUUGUUAGUCAAUUCCAUAGACCGCGUAAUAUAAUUAUCAACUUUUAAUCAAUUUAUUAGCGGCUGGUU